AUGUUCUCUCGUUGGUACAUGGUCUACCUUUCCCGAGUGGACAGAUCACCAUACACUAAGAGACUACAGCGCGAUGAAGCCUUCAAAAUCUACCACUACGCCUGCAUCGGACAAAUUCGUUUCCUAUCCUUCAAUCUCUCAAGCCUCCCAUUCUACAACAAAGUCCUAGAUCGCCUACGCUCAGACACGACAGCCGGCUUCCUCGAUGCAGGCUGCUGCCUUGGCCAAGAACUUCGCUUCCUGGCCAACCGAGAAAUUCCAGAUUCGCAGCUCUUUGACUGCGAUAUUGAGCAGGUCUUUGUGGAUCUCGGAUACCGGCUCUUUCGAGAUCGGGGGCACCUGGACGCUACCUUUGUCGUGGGGGAUAUGGCUGCUGUCUCGGGACAAGAUGGUGCGUGUCAUCUGGAAGGCAGGCUUGGUGGCAAGAUUAAUAUUGUCUUUGCUAGUUCACUGUUCCACUUAUGGGAUUAUGAGACGCAGGUCCGAGCUGCUGUGCGGUUGGUAAGGUUGUGUUGUAGUCAAACUGGGGUUAUGAUCACCGGUCGACAGAUGGGGGGUGUAUUGGCGGGACAUCAUGAACUGAAGGGGAUCGAGGAUGGGGCUAUGCAGUAUCGCCACAAUAUCGAGUCUAUGAAGGGAUUUUGGUGGGAUGUUGGCGAAGCGACGGCAACGCGGUGGACACUAGAGGCGGGCUUUUACUUUGCCGAGGAGCUCGAGCAGACGAAGAACUCACCUUCGGCUGAUUCGAACCUUCGCAUGAUUUGGUGGUGUGCGACGCGGUUGUGA